AAAAUUUCCAAAGCAUUAAUGGCGGCUCUUGCUGGCAUGUAAAUGGUGUGAACUUACGUUCAAAUUGUGCUGAUUUAUCAUCUGUAUAAUAUUAUUGCCUUGUUCACGGUGAAAGUAUACCCUUAUGUGACUUGGAUUUAUGCAAAAGAUGCAGAAUGUAGUUCAUGCAAACGCGUGUGAUGCUGUGAAAGAGGAACCACAGGAGGUUAGUAGAGGACGUACAGGAACUGCCCAUAAUUUCGAAACGGGCCAGAGACAGAGCUUGAAUUCCCUGCAUUCCAAUUUUAUGGCAGAUUUAACUGAAAGUGACGACGACGAAGCAUCAGAGGCAGAGUCAUUCAUUCUGGACCCCGAAGAGCUUGAGGAAGAGCCCGUGCUGGACACAUCAAAGUUUCUCUUAUCAUCUGGUGGGGAAGACAGCCCCCCUGAGGUGGGUGCUGUUGAUCCUGACACGCAAGCCCGUCUUGAGGCACUCCUUGAAGCCACUGGGCUCAGCAAACUAUCCCUCGAGGGCAAGCAGCUGGGCGACCCCGAGGUGCUGAGGAGGCUAACCACUUCUGUAAGUUGCGCCCUGGAUGAGGCAGCUGCGGCGCUCACUCGCAUGCGCGCUGAGCACGCCCCACCAGCCAACACCACCUCUGUCGCAGCGGUGCCCAUGCCACCCCAGGGCACGCACCAGACAUCAAGAACACUGGCGGAAGCGUGCAGUGACGGUGAUGUGCGGGCCGUACGUCAGCUCCUUGACGAGGGGCGUGACGUAAACGAAGUGACGGAAGAAGGGGAGAGCCUGCUGUCACUGGCGUGCGCGUCGGGCUACACGGAGUUGGCGCAGCUACUGCUAGCCAUGAGGGCUAACGUGGAGGAUCGUGGUCUGAAGGACACGACGCCGCUGAUGGAGGCGGCAAAUGCAGGCCACGUGGCUAUUGUUCGCUUGUUAAUAGAACACGGUGCAGAUGUAAAUGCACAAACUGCACAAGGGCACACACCACUGAUGUUUGCGUGUUCGGGCGGCCACGAAGAGGUGGCCAGGGCACUGGUGGCCGCGGGAGCCAACGUGGAGGACCACAAUGAGAAUGGCCACACACCCCUCAUGGAGGCAGCGUCUGCUGGCCACGUCAGUACGGCACGUGUACUAGUUGAAGCAGGAGCCUCAAUUAACACUCACUCCAAUGAAUUCAAGGAGUCUGCCCUCACUCUUGCCUGUUAUAAAGGUCACCUAGAAAUGGUCCGGUUCCUCCUGGAAGCGGGUGCCGACCAGGAGCACAAGACGGAUGAGAUGCACACGGCUCUCAUGGAAGCUUCCAUGGAUGGUCAUGUUGAAGUGGCACGGCUGCUUUUAGACUCUGGCGCCCAGGUAAACAUGCCCACAGACAGCUUUGAAUCUCCAUUGACAUUGGCAGCAUGUGGGGGUCAUGUGGAACUGGCCAUGUUGCUGCUUGAGAGAGGAGCCAACAUCGAAGAGGUGAACGACGAGGGUUACACUCCACUGAUGGAAGCUGCACGAGAAGGACACGAGGAAAUGGUUGCCCUGCUUCUCUCGCAAGGAGCGGACAUCAACGCCCAGACGGAGGAGACGCAGGAGACCGCGUUGACUCUGGCGUGCUGCGGCGGGUUCCUAGAAGUGGCGGACUUCCUGCUCAAAGCCGGGGCCAACCUGGAGCUGGGCGCGAGCACUCCGCUCAUGGAGGCUGCUCAAGAAGGGCACGUGGAGCUCCUGCGUUACCUAGUCAAUGCUGGGGCCUGCGUGAAUGCCAAGACUGCCACUGGAGACACAGCACUCACGUACGCCUGUGAGAACGGCCACACGGACGUGGCUGACCUCCUCCUUCAAGCAAAUGCUGACUUGGAGCACGAGUCUGAAGGAGGCCGAACACCGUUGAUGAAGGCGGCACGGGCGGGUCACCUCUGCACGGUGCAGUUCCUGCUGUCCCGCGGGGCAGACCCGAACCGGCCCACCGCCAACAACGACCACACGGCCCUCUCUCUGGCCUGUGCGGGUGGCCACCUGGCCGUAGUGGAGCUGCUCCUGGCCCACGGGGCGGACCCCACUCGUCGCCUCCGGGACAACUCCACCAUGCUCAUCGAGGCGGCCAAGGGCGGUCACACGGCCGUCGUGCAGCUCCUGCUGGACUACCCCAACCUGGGCCCAUCCGCCGUGGCUUCCUCGGUGGAGGCGUCGUCACAGUUUGGCUCCCAUGGUCUCCAGGUGGUCCCCCUUACGGAGGAGCAGAGGGUAGCGGCCCUGGCGGCUGCCGCAGCUAGCCAUCCCUAUUUCCCCCAGGUGUCCAGCGCUCCUGCUCCGGCACCGUCGGUUGCACUCACCUCCAGGGUUGGGGCGAGCUCAUCCACGGGAAACACCGAUUCCACGUGGACCUGUGGAGCCACCACGGGGGGAGGCAGCAAACGCAAGGCGAGCGAUGGGGGCGGACCCCCCAUGGUGGUGUGCAGUGGGGCAGGGUCGAGGCUUGCUAGUGGGGUGGAGGGUGGGGCAGCAGCGCUACGACCGAGUGAACGACUGGAGGCGUGCAUCAACAGCAUGAUGAGGAGUGCUGAACUCAACCACCCGAGCAGGGAAGAACAAAUACUGCAGAAGCAACAAAUCCUCGAGGAGCUUCAGCGGGUGGAGCGAGAGUUACAGGAAAAGGCCCAGGCACAGAUUGUGCUCUCUGCCCACCACCACCACCAGCACCCACCUGCACUACCCUGCGAGGACGUGGAAGAGCUGAACCUGCGCAACGCUGCCCUCUCUUCUUCUGCGUCUCCUGCGGAUGCAGGAUGUGCUUCCCUUCCUCCCCACUCUGCCACCUGUCCGGCUGUUGUCUCCACUGCAACCACCACAAUAGUCACCCCAGUCACUCCUGCAGUGGCAAAGCGGCACCUAGACAAGGCAAAGUCUACAAAAUCGUCUCCCUCGAGUAUCCUGAAGGAGACAACCUCUGCCACGUCCGUGGUGACGACAGCGACUGCGUCAAUAGUCACGUCCCUACCAUCCACAGCCCUCCACUUGCACACGCAACCACCGGUGCUUGGGCUGAGUGGGACCACGAGUGUGUACCCUCCUACAGCAACAACCUCAUUGUUGCCAGGAGCCACGUUUGCCCCUCCCGCCGUAGAUGAAGGAUUGAUGGUGGCAGCGCCCGCUAGGACCCUGCACGAAACGCUGGGUGACAUCGUCACGGGGCCUUCGGCGUCCUCUACCGGUGCUCAAGUUUCCAUCACGGCGCAGCAGUCGGUGUGCCCCGACCACCACCACCAUCACCACCACCACCAUGGCACAACCCACCCAGCAUUGUCCCAACAACAGCCUCCUCCUCCACCACUUGCGUUCCACCCUUUCCCAGUGCACUCUCAGGUGGACCUCAACUGGCAAACAGAGAGCAACCACGACACCGCUUUGACGCUGGCCUGUGCAGGCGGCCACGAGGAGUUGGUGAGCCUUCUACUGACACGCGGAGCCCACCUGGAACAUCGGGACAAGAAGGGCUUCACGCCCCUCAUGCUGGCCGCCACUGCUGGACACGCGGGCGUCGUUGAUGUCCUGCUGGCUCACGGAGCUGAAGUGGAAGCCCAAUCCGAGCGCACAAAGGACACUGCCCUCUCGCUUGCUUGCUCAGGUGGACGUUACGAGGUGGUUGAAAUUUUACUCGAGCGGAACGCCAACAAGGAGCACCGAAAUGUAUCUGACUACACACCGCUCAGCUUGGCAGCUUCGGGUGGCUAUGUCAACAUCAUCAAGCUUCUCCUGCAAAAUGGAGCUGAAAUCAACUCAAGGACGGGCAGCAAGUUGGGCAUCUCUCCAUUGAUGCUGGCAGCCAUGAAUGGUCAUACGGCGGCUGUAAAGCUUUUACUGGACAAUGGAAGCGACAUCAAUGCCCAGAUCGAAACCAACAAGAACACGGCCCUCACCCUGGCCUGCUUCCAGGGCCGCCAAGAGGUGGUUGCUCUCCUGGUGGACCGGAAAGCCAAUGUCGAGCACCGUGCCAAGACGGGGCUAACUCCCCUCAUGGAAGCGGCAUCGGGCGGCUAUGUGGAAGUGGGCCGGGUGCUGCUAGACAAGGGGGCCGACGUCAAUGCUCCCCCGGUGCCCUCGUCUCGUGACACGGCUCUCACUAUCGCGGCAGACAAGGGGCACUAUGCUUUCGUCGAAUUGCUCAUCAAAAAGGGGGCUCAAAUUGAUGUCAAAAAUAAGAAAGGCAGCUCGCCUCUUUGGCUUGCGUGUAAUGGAGGACACUUGGACGUGGUGCAGCUGCUGGUGGCGGCUCAAGCGGACAUCGACAGCAUGGACAACCGGCGCGUGUCCUGCUUGAUGGCGGCAUUCCGGAGGGGUCACGUGAAGGCAGCCAAGUGGUUGGUGAAGCACGUGGCCCAGUUUCCCUCGGAUCAGGAGAUGGCCCGUUUCAUGGCCACCCUGAGCGGGGACAGCAAGGACCUGCUGCGCAAGUGCCACCAGUGUACGGAGGUGAUCCACGCCGCCAAGGAGCGCCAGGCUGCCGAAGCCAACAAAUGCGCUUCCAUCCUGCUCGAGGAGCUGGACCAGGAGCGAUCGCGCGAGGAGAGCCGUAAAGCCGCCGCCGCCCGCAGGCGCGAGAGAAAGCGGAGAAGGAAGAAGGAGAAGCAGGAACAGAUAAGACUAGCUAAGUUGGCAGCAGAAGGAGGCGGUGACAGUGAUGCAGCCAGCAAGGAUAACAAGGAAGGGAACAGCAAGGAUUCUGAUAAGGACUCCAAGAAUGGUGGGGACAAGCAGGGAAGCUCCCAGUCCGAGGAUGAAGAUGAAGAGGAGGAGGAGGAAGACCUGGAGGAAGAAGAUGAGCGUCUUCUACAUCCAGGUGGGGCCCCUGCGUCUGCGCAUCGCAAUGGCAAUUCCAACUCUGUUUCAACGUCGAACUCUAUGGGGAAGCCGAAGAACAGUCACGUGAAUGGUGCCACGAACAACAAGACCAGGUUAAAAAUAGCAGACGACGACUCCCACGACACCAGCCUACAUCAGUACAGUAACCACAACGAAUCCUCCUCCUCCUCCUCUUCGCCGCCCAAGGUGGAGAAGUCCGCUAGCCGCAACAAAAAGAAACAGCAACCGGACCGGACAACAAACCACGAGGCGUCUACGAGAACAAACCCCAUGCUGACGGCAUCAACGGCUCCGACGAGCAAGGGAAAGAGCUCUGGCGAGAAGACGCAGCAGCAGCAGCCUCGCAACAACCCAGCAGCGGCGUCCUCCCCCACGAUAUCUACGGUGGUGUCGUCGAAUCAUCGUCAGUCAGGCGGAAAGAAGGGUGGUGAAGUGUUAAUGAAUGGAUUGUCAUCGGAAGGUGAAGAGUCGAGCGGAGUUCCAAAGGGGUCGAAGCAUCGAUCGUUGUAUCAUGCGGGGAAUGACUUGGGAAAAUUGAAUGCGCUGGAUGAACUGGUCUUAGAAAUGAAUGAAGUCCCCGGUGGAGGACUUCGCAGCCCAAAUCUCAACCGAGGAUUGGACAGGCCUUCCCCCAAUUCCAACCCUUCCUCGUCUCCCAAGAAACAGGGGAACUCCUUGGUGAACAGCCUGAACAACUCCCUGAACAGCGGCCUCAUGUCAAACAAGAUGCACCACAGGGGCGAGGAGGGCUGGAAGGAGGUUGUACGCCGCUCCAAAAAGGUGACUGUGCCCUCGACCGCCAUCAGUCGGGUGAUUGGUCGCUGCGGUUGCAACAUCAACACCAUCCGCGAGGUAUCCGGUGCACACAUCGAGGUAGAAAAACACAAGGGACAAGGCGAUCGUACCAUACUCAUAAGGGGCUCUGCGGAUGCGACGAAACAGGCGCAGUUGCUGAUUACGGGUCUCGUCCAAGAGCCAGAGCGGGACCUGUCCGAGAUUAUGCUGCAGUACGGAGUCGGCGUGAAACCCAGUGAGCCCACGUCAACAGCGAAGAGGGGUGGGUCGGGGACCACGGCAGUUUCUUCCAACCACGUGCAAUCUUCGGUGGUAGUCGCUGGCGGUGCAAAGCCAAUCCGACAGCCCAGUUCCACAAAGGUCAUGUCCGUGAAAGCGGCGGCACCGGCGCCCUCCCUUCCACCCUUCGGCCAGACGAGGCCAGCGCCGCGUCCCGGGAUCCCGACUGGCAGUUCAAAUGUGGUGCCCACGCCUGCUGCCACCAAUCCCCCUUUCACUCCUUCCAGCUGGAGCAGCCCUACUCCUCCUGGUACAAAAGGAAUUCCCGCACCAAUAUCCUCGGCCUCCCAGCCAGCUACACCGGUCUCCAUGAACUCCGGCUGUACAGCGUCGUCCGCGAACCCCCAGCCUGCUUCCGCGGCGUCCACGACCUACACGCAGGCCGUCAUUUCCCCGGCAAAGAGCACGAGUCGAGCGGCGUCCGCGGAUGCUCUGCCCUUGUCUUCGCCCACGGGAAGUCCCUCCCCUGCACCUCCCCAGCCCCCCAUGCACUCCCACAGUGCUGCCUCCACUCCGCCUGCAGCCAUGGCAGCACCACCCAUUAGCAUUCCGCAAACUUUCUCCCCUUUCAACAAUGUGUUCAGCAAGGAGACACAACCUAGCGUCUGGGGACAGCGAGAGGCUCUGAAGCCAAACUUUGCAUCCGUAGCUGCUUCAGGGGUAUGCUGCAGUAGUGCGAGCAGUAGCACGAGUAGUACUGGGAACCCACUGCCUGCUCCGAGCCCAGAGCCGAUCAUCGACGCUGCCAAGGCACCGGGCUACAGGGGUAACCUGCACGUGUCCCCUCCAAACUUUGGGCCCAUCGGCAGCGGGCCUCGUAGCGCGCCCUGCACGCCGCCCAUCUCCGCCCCUGCUCCGCCUUCCGCAUCGCCGUCUCCGCCUCCGCAGCAGCAGGAGUAUUACGACGCCCCCCAGCAGGCGCAGCCGCAGCAGGCGGUCGCGUCGCCCGCGUCGCGGCUGGUGUUCCCAGGAGGCCGCUACUGCCCGGAGCUUUCGCAGUCUCCCAUUCAGAGCACGCUAAACCCCAAUGCGCCAGACUUCUCGAGCAGAGCAGCGCCCACGAUGAUGCCACCGUUUGUGGGUCCCCCUCCCUCAGCGCACGACCUCAGGGUGCAGUUUCCGCCGCAGGACUACAUGCCCCAUCACCCUUCCCAGCAGCCCCACCAUGUGCAACACCAGCAGAUGGCUCAGCAGCAUCAGCCACACCAUGCGCCCAUGUUCCAGCUCCAGAUGAUGUCUCACCUGCAGCAACAGUACUCUGGGCUGGUUGCGCAGGUGGCCCAGCAUCAGGUUGGGAAAGAUGACAGCUCACCGUCAUCAGUGUCCCCUCAAGGCGCCAUGUCACCUACAACAGGAGGUGGCCUUGGUCCCCACCAAAGUGGAAUGCUGGACGACCGGAAAUUACCGAGGCCGAUAGGCACGGAGCGGGCGCAGAAGAAAAACGUGCCCGUGGGAAUGCAUCACUCUUCCUACCCUCCUCCUUCAGCACCAGGGAUUUGGUCUUAUCCUAACGCAGCAGGGAACAGUGGAUCAUCCGAGAUGAGUCAGAUGGCGGCAUGGGUGCAGUAUCAACAUGCAGCUGGGCCGCAGGGUGACUGCCUACCUCCACCGCUCCUACACGGACGCUUUGGUGAAGGACACUCGGACACAGUCCUCGAACACACCUACCACCAGCAGCUGAAUUCCAACCUCGGCACCUGUCCCACGUUCCUGAACGGCUUUCCACCGACGGCCCCCACGGCUGCCCCUCAGGUACUGGGUGGUUGCGCCGGCUCCCAGCUGUUUCCCUCCUCGAGGGACCCGCCCCACCCCCAAGAGGCCCCAUGGUCGCCCCACAAGUUGUUGCAGAUGGAUGCUAUGCAUCACCACCAGCCUCCCCACUCCGCCGCGGGCAAACUGCCAUGGCAAGGCUGGGCCCACCACCAGACAUGAACUUCCUCCUUCCGAGUAGCCUGCCAGCAGCCACAGUAAAUGGGCAAAGCGUGCUCGGAGCUUAUACAUAUAUAAAUAUAUAUAAAUAUAUAUAUAUACAAGGAAACAAUUACAUAGCAGAGAUAGAGCGAAGUGGCUGGAUGUCUUGCUGCUGGGAGUCUGUUUCAAGAGAGGGUGCUGUUAUAAAUAAAACGAAGCGCAAAUGGUGGAAGCAACCAAGAGAGGCAUUGUAAAAGUUUACACACAAAAAAAUACACACUACACACACAACACGAAACACGGCGGGGUUGCCAGAAAAGAGAGUGUAAUAUAACAUGGGAUACAGAAAGAGGCAGUCUCAUGGUCAGUAAAUGUUUUCUCUUCACGUGCA